CCCUGCGACUUUCUUGCCUUUUGCGCCGUUUAGCUUUCUGACAGCUGCUACUAUACUAUGGGCAUCCUAGUCGCCGCGGUGCUAACAGCAACCCUGCUCGUCCUCUACAAACUGCGCAAUGUAGGCCGCCGCCCGAAAGACUUCCCGCCCGGCCCACCAACCCUGCCAAUCAUCGGAAACCUACACCAGAUGCCCAAAGAGAAGGCACACCUGCAGUUCAAGAAAUGGGCCGACGAGUACGGCCCGGUGUACUCGCUGAUGCUCGGCUCCAGCGUCAUGGUCGUGCUGUCGUCGGACUGCGCGAUUAAAGAUCUGCUCGAUAAGCGCAGCGACAUCUACUCGUCGCGGCCACCGCUGUACAUUGGCCAGAUGCUCAGUGGGGGCUUGCGGAUGCUGCUCAUGGAAUACGGAAAGACAUGGCGGAUGAUUCGAGGAACGGUGCAUAAUCACCUCAACAUCAAAGCGUCGACUUCAUAUGUCCCCUACCAAGACCUCGAGAAUAGGCAAAUGUUGCUCGGUUUCCUCGACCAGCCGCAGCGGUGGAUCGACCAUCUGCGGCGCUACACGAAUUCGCUGACAACGCAGAUGGUGUUUGGCUUUCGCACUACGGACGUUGAUGAUAAGGACAUGCACCGGCUAUACACUGGCUUCGCAGGCUUCUCCGAGACCCUCGGCUCGCCCGAAGCCCACCUCCUCGAAGCCUAUCCCUUCCUAUGCCACCUCCCCGACGCCCUCCUCCCCAUCAAGAAAAGAGCGCGCGAGCUUCAUGAGAAAGAGCUCCAGCUCUUCCUCGGCCACUGGCUCAAUGCCAAGAAGAAAAUCCAGGACGGCACAGCCAACCCCUGCAUCUGCAUCGACCUCGCCAACUCGCAGAACAAAGAGCACUUCUCCGACCCGCUCGCCUCCUACAUCAGCGGCUCGCUGCUCGAAGCCGGCUCCGACACGACCUGGAGCACGCUCGUCGGCUGGGUGCAAGCCAUGGUGCUCUUCCCGGAGGUGGCACGCAAAGCGCAAGAAGAAGUCGACCGUGUGUGCGGCGAGCGGUUCCCGAUGCUCGAGGACGAGCCGAAUAUGCAGUAUGUACGCGGCUGUGUGAAGGAGUCGAUGCGGUGGAUGCCGACGGCGAUCUUGGGGGUCCCGCAUGCGGUUAUCAGAGAUGAUAUGUAUAUGGGGUAUAGGAUUCCGAAGGGCGCGAGCGUGAUGUGGAAUGUUUGGGGCGUUCAUAACGACGAGAGUCGAUUCCCUAAUCCGCGCGUCUUCGACCCGACGCGCUACGCCGACGACUUCCAAUCCGCAGCCGAAGCAGCGAAAAACGGGGAUGCCACGAAGCGCGACCAUUUCCUGUUCGGCGCCGGGCGCCGCGUCUGCCAGGGCAUGCACAUCGCCGAACGUUCGCUUUUCCUCGCCUAUUCGCGGCUGCUGUGGGCUUUCAAUUUCGAGACAGAGAAGGAUGAGAACGGGGAGGAGAUGAGAGUCGACGCUGACGAGCUGACGGAGGGCGUCUUUGUACAGCCGAAGAAGUUUUCGGUGCGCAUCGUGAAGAGGAGCGAGGAGAGGGCGGCGACGCUGAGGAGGGAGUGGGAGAAUGUGGCGGAUAAGCUGGAUGAGGAGGGCCAGUGGAAGAGGGUGCCGGAGGGGAUGUACUUCAAGGAGUAUAUUCCCCUUGGGACAUGAAGAGGGGGAUUCUUGCUUGAGAAAAGCUAGACAAACAAAGCGCUGGACCGAAGUCGCUUUCCUUUCAU